CCUUCCAGCCUGGCCACAGUCUCUCCCCCAGGGCUUCCUGUUGGGGUGUCCUGGGCCCCACCCCAGAGCUGGGCACUUCCCUCCCUGACACAGGGACCAGGACCCGCUCUGCCCUGCCAGAGGCAGACAUGGUGCCCCUGCUGCUGCUGCCCCUGCUGUGGGGGGGGUCCCUGCAGCAGCAGCAGCCAGGCUAUAAGAUCCAAGUGCAGGAAUCGGUGACGGUGCAGGAGGGUCUGUGUGUCCACGUGCCCUGCGCCUUCUCCUACCCGUGGAGUUCGUGGAAUUCCUCUAGUGAACUCUACACCUACUGGUACCGGGACUGGGACAACACAGUCUAUGCUGCUCCUGUGGCCUCGAACAACCGGAAUAAAACCGUGAGGAGAGACACCCGAGGCCGCUUCCUCCUCGCGGACCCCACGACCAACAACUGUUCCCUGGACAUCAGAGACGCCAGGAGGAGCGACUCAGGACACUAUGUCUUCCGAGUGGAGAGAGGAGAUUCUGUGAAAUAUAAUUACGUAAUGAAGAAGCUGGAUUUGCAGGUGACAGCCCUGACAGAGAAACCCCACAUCCAUGUACGGGAGCCUCUGGAGUCUGGCCGCCCCACACAGCUGGCCUGCAGCCUGCCAGGGGCCUGCGAAGGGGGACGACCUCUCACCUUCUCCUGGGCGGGAGCCGCUGUGGACUCACUGAACCCCCAGACCCUGGGCUCUCGGGUGCUCACCUUCACCCCGAGUUCGCGGGACCAUGGCACCAGCCUCACCUGUCAGGUGAAACGGGAAGGGUCCCAGUGGACCACACAGACAACCAUCCUGCUCAAUGUCUCCUAUGCCCCUCAGAACCUCACCAUAGGCGUCUCCUUCAGAAACGACCCAGCCUUCAAGAAUCUGCAAACCACUUCCCUUUCCAUCCUGGAGGGAGAGGCCCUGAGGCUGCUCUGUGAGGCUGACAGCAACCCCCCUGCCGAGCUGAGCUGGUUCCGGGGGUCCCCAGGCCUGAACGCCACCCCCCUCUCCAGCACCGCGAUCCUGGAGCUGCCUCGCGUGGGGCCUGCACAGGAAGGAGAGGUCACCUGCCAAGCUCGGCACCCGCUGGGCUCCCACAGUGUCUCUCUCAGCCUCUCCAUGGGCUACCCCCCGCAGCUGCUGGGACCCUCCUGCUCCUGGGAGGACCAGGGUCUGCACUGCAGCUGCUCCUCCAGGGCCCAGCCGGCCCCCUCCCUGCGCUGGCGGCUGGGGGCGGGGCUGCUGGAGGGGAACCAUGGCAACGCGUCCCACGUGGUCACCUCCAGCUCAGCCAGGCCCUGGACCAACAGCUCCCUGAGCCUCCGCGAGGGGCUCAGCCCUGACCUCAGACUCAGCUGCGAGGCCUGGAAUGUGCACGGGGCCCAGAGCGCCUCUGUCCUGCUGCUGCCAGGCAGCCCUCCCUGCAGAUGUGUGACCGAGGAGCAGCAGGGCUCCUGGCCCCUGGUCCUCACCCUGAUCAGAGGGGCCCUCAUGGGGGCUGGCUUCCUCCUCACCUACGUCCUCACCUGGCUCUACUACACCAGGUGUGGAGGCCCCCGGAGCAGGAGGCAGAGCUCCUGAUGGACCCUUCCUUCCUCUCAGGAUGGGACUGAGGAGUGGAGACCAGGCUAGAGGGACCGUCCUGGGACGUCAAUGUCACCUUCUCCCUGGAAUCUCUUGACUCACCUGCCUCCAAUGUGCCCCUGGGGUUUCAGGGUGUGGACAUGACUGAGUGACGCCAAGGGGAGUCAGUGCCAUGGAGAGAAGACUUUUCCUCCUUUCACCUCCUGAGAGGAGGGGCCACUGUGCCCGGGAAGCCCUGGUUUUCCUCAGGAAGCAGAUGCAGGUGCAGGGCUGCCUAGCGAAGGCCUUGAUUGUGUUCCCAUGGGAAACACAGGCAGGGCAGGGUGAGCCGUUCAGGACCAGCUGGUGUGGGGAUGGGCCUGUGGGCGUGGUCUCUGUGUGUCUGGUCCCAGGUCCUGGGUGAUUUGGGGCAGGUGGGGAGGAUGGGAAUAUGGGCUCAGGAUGGGUUGGUUUGCAUCUGGAAUUCUUUGCUGUCUCUGAGAAUGGGCCGCCCUGGGAGGCCCUGUGUCUCCUUGGCUUCCAAUCUGUUUAAUGGCUCAAAACAUCCUAAGACACAGAAAUAAACAAUAAUACACACCCAAGAACGACCCCUUGUUUCUGCCUGUGCUUCUCCCAUUUGACUUGUCCCCUCCCCCCGCAUCUUUCUUUCUCUCUGUUGGUUCUGCCCACAUCCCCCCACCCCCUGCUCCCCUCUCUCCAUUCUCAGGCCCAGAGACGGACUGAAGUUGGCAGCUUAUCCUCCCCUUGCCCAGGAGUUACCUGGUCACCACCUGAGCUUCUGGUCUCCCCUCUGUAGGUGCUGAUACGCAGUAGAGUUGGGAGCAGCUCUCCUCUCACUGUGGAUAGAUGCCAACCUCAGAAUUAUUGUCAUAACACAUCCCAGCAUUUAAUCAUAAAUGAGAACGUUUCUGUGAUAUCACAUGACCAUUGAUUUUACUCUUUAGUGUCGGUUGGAGUUUCUUGAGUCCAGUUAUAGCUGGAUCUCCUCUUGUUGUUGUUGCUCCUGUUAGACCUGUUUCAAGUGAGGGAUUUUGUUUAUUCCUUGUACUUAUUCUUCAAUUGGUAUUUAUAUCUCUUCUUAUCUUUUAAAAUAUUUUUGUUGAUUUCUGAGAGGAAUUGGGAGGGAGAGAGAGCGAUAGAAAUAUCAACGAGGAGAGAGUCAUUGAUCGCCUGUUUCCUCCACGUCCCCUACUGGGGAGGAAGGCCGUCACCCAGGCAGGUGCCCUGACCGGGAUUUGAACCCAUGACCUCUUGGUUCAUAGAUUGAUGCUCACCCCCUCAGCCACACCG